CUGCAUUGCUCGUGCUAGCCAUAACCUUCGUCUUCUUCUUGUUCUUCAAGAAUCACUGUUCAAGCUGAACCACAGAUCUUGAAAGCAAUCCAUAGAACCUCUCGGGCUUGAAGAAUCCAAAGAGGAUUUUAGCUGAAUUCGGUGAGGGUUGUGUAGUGAUAGGAACAGGAUUAUAGUUGAGGGUAGUAAAUGGAGGAAAUGAACAAUAGAGGGGAAUUUGUAGCAAAGUCUUCAUUAAGGUCAGCUGCGAGUCUUAAAUCAACAUUAUCUGGAAGAUCAUCCCCGCGAAAUUCCCCAAUCUUUCGGCGGCUAAAUUCCAGCCGGACACCAAGAAGGGAUGGGAGGACUAGUGUAGGUGCUGCAUUGUGGUUGCGGAGCAAUCGCGUCCUCUUGUGGUUGCUUCUCAUUACCCUCUGGGCUUACCUUGGAUUUUUUGUUCAGUCCAGAUGGGCUCACAGCAAUAAGAAGGAGGAAUUUUCAGGCUUUGGAGGCAGGUCACAUGAUAUUGAUUCAGAUGCUGAGCAGAGUCAGCGUAGAGAUUUGAUUGCUACCGAUAAUUCCAUAUCUGCCAUGAAUGAGACAUUUAGAUAUGAAGAAUGGAAUGAUAAAUCAGUAAAUGUAGCUUUGGCCAAGAAAGAAGAGGGUAGUGCUCCCUCUGGUCGUAAGACAAACUCGAAGAAGAAGAGCAAACGACCAGCACGAUCUUCAAGAGGUAAAGCUCGAGGUAGGAGAAAAACAAAAUCAGAAGUUGAGAAUAAAGAUGUAGAAGAGCAGGAAGCAGAAAUUCCCAACACAAACAGUACAUAUGGAUUGCUUGUUGGUCCAUUUGGCUCAAUAGAGGAUAGGAUCCUAGAAUGGAGUCCUGAGAAGAGAUCUGGGACAUGUAACAGGAAGGGGGACUUUGCACGUCUUGUUUGGUCCAGAAGAUUCAUCUUGAUAUUCCAUGAGCUUUCCAUGACUGGAGCACCACUUUCAAUGAUGGAGUUGGCAACAGAACUUCUGAGCUGUGGAGCCACUGUUUCAGCAGUUGUGCUUAGCAAGAAGGGUGGUUUGAUGCCAGAACUUACCAGAAGACGAAUCAAGGUGCUUGAGGACAAAGCGGAUUUCAGCUUUAAAACUGCAAUGAAGGCUGAUCUUGUCAUUGCUGGAUCAGCUGUGUGCGCAUCAUGGAUUGAACAAUAUAUUGAGCAUUUUCCUGCCGGUGCAAGCCAAGUUGCCUGGUGGAUUAUGGAAAAUCGACGAGAGUACUUUGAUCGCUCAAAAGAUGUCUUGAACAGAGUAAAGAUGUUGGUUUUCCUUUCUGAAUCACAAUCUAAACAAUGGCAAAAGUGGUGUGAAGAAGAAAGCAUAAAGCUUAGAUACCACCCUGAACUAGUUCCAUUAUCUGUUAAUGAUGAACUGGCAUUUGUAGCUGGCCUUCCUUCUACACUGAACACUCCUUCAUUCAGUACUGAGAAGAUGACUGAAAAAAGGCAGCUUUUGCGAGAUUUAGUCCGAAAAGAAAUGGGCUUGACUGAAAAUGAUAUGCUUGUGAUAUCUCUAAGUAGCAUCAACCCUGGGAAGGGCCAACUAUUACUUCUUGAAUCAGCAAUCUCUGUAAUAGAGGAACCGAGACAAUUGCCAGAUGAUAAGAAGAUGAGAAAACUGAAUAUAAGAGAAGGCCUAUCAACCCUGGCUCGAAGACGUCGUAUCAGAAAAAUGUUACCGCCGUUGAAGGAUGGCGAUGCGGUUCUGAAAGGUGCCUCCAAAAAUUCUUUAAACAGAAAACAGGUUUUGUCCAGCAACCAAGGAACAAUGGAACAAUCUCUCAAAGUUCUUAUUGGUUCUGUUGGAUCCAAGAGUAACAAGGCUGAUUAUGUUAAAGGUCUUUUAAAUUUCUUACAACAGCAUCCGAACUCCUCCAAAUCAGUUUUAUGGACUCCAGCCACAACACGUGUUGCUUCGCUUUACUCUGCUGCUGAUGUUUAUGUCAUAAACGCUCAGGGCCUGGGAGAAACAUUUGGACGGGUGACUAUAGAAGCGAUGGCGUUUGGGCUUCCGGUUCUGGGAACAGAUGCUGGGGGAACAAAGGAGAUCGUCGAGAACAAUGUUACAGGUCUUCUUCAUCCCAUUGGACACCAAGGGAAUCAAGUCCUUGCACAGAAUCUCCAGUUUUUACUCAAAAACCAGUUGGCAAGGAAGCAAAUGGGGAUAGAAGGAAGAAAGAAGGUGCAGAGCAUGUAUAUGAAGCAGCACAUGUAUAAGAAAUUUGUAGAGGUUAUUGUGCGGUGCAUGAGAAGCAAGUAAACAAAAUAAUAACUUCGUGGCUCUUGCAUUACUCUUAAAUUCUUUCAUUGGAUUCGCAUUACAUAAUCCUCAGUCUUCUCUGUAUGAAGUGCCAUUCUCGUGCUCAAUCUAUGAGAAAACAUUACCAGCUCCCAAAUUUUCUUUUAUUGGUAAAUAAAUGCUCUUAUGCAAUUCUGGAAAUCAGAA